UGAAUUCUUUAGCUACUCUUUCAUCAGAGAAAUCUAAAAUGGAAGCAAAUUUUCAAAUGGAUAAGAAACAAUUGAGAAGCGAGAAAGAUGAAUGUGAGAAAAUAAUCAAAGAUUUGAAAGAAAAAUUAAGAAAAGCACAAACUUCAAAUUAUUCAGAAGUUGAACAUAUAAAAUGUAAAUUAAUUAUGGAACGUCAUGAAAAGGAAAAAGAACAAGCAGAUCACGCUAAAAUGUUAAAGGAACUUCAAAAGUUAUUGUAUGACGAGCGUCGAUACAAAGAACAGUUGGAAGCGCAAUUAAAAAGUCAAUUUGCAAACAAAACCCAAUGUAAAAUACUAGAAGCUGAAUUGGAAAUUAUGAGAAAUAAGCUCAAACAGGCUGAAGAAGCAGCUAAAGAAACGCCACCAAUUUUAUUGUCACUUCAAUCUGAAAUGGCUCUUAUGAAGAAACAACAUCUAAAUGCGAUACAUGAAGAGCAAAAACGAGCUACUGCUGCAGAACAACGAGCCAGAGUAUUAGCAAUGACUCAUGAAACCAGAGUAACGGGCUUAGAAGCAAGAUUGGCUGAACUUUCUGAAAUCGUUGGAGGAUAUGAUAAACUCAGACAGCAAGAUCAACAAGCUAUUCAAAAGUUAAAAGACCGAUUAAUUAGUUUACAAGAUUGUGAACGCAAUGAUUGUCUUUCUAUUAACAAUGAACCUGAUGAUAUCAUAUCUAAAAUAAAAAGCUUAUAUACCAAACUGCUAGAUUUGGAUAACAAAAAGAGUGAAUCAGUACAUGUUA